AUGGAGAAGGACAGCAACCCGUCGACUCAACUUUGGGGCCGGCCGGAGCUGACGGGUGCUGCAUAUGACUUCAGAAGCGAUGUGAUAACUACGCCCUCGGUCGGCAUGCUCGACGCUAUCAGACGAGCAACCUUAAACGACGAUGUCUAUGGGGAAGACCAGACUACCUCCGCUUUCGAGCGUGAGAUGGCUUCCAUUUGCGGUAAGGAGGCGGCCGCCUUCGUGAUCACAGGCACCAUGGCCAAUCAGCUUGCGUUGCGCACCCUCCUGAACGAGGCACCACCCUAUGCUAUCAUGACAGACGCCCAGUCUCAUAUUGUUCAUUGGGAGGCCGGGGGCGUCGCGUUCCUUAAUGGGGCCAUGAUCCAGGCCAUACGGCCGCUCAAUGGCAGAUACCUCACGGCGUUGGACGCAGAGAAGCAUGCGGUGCUAGGCUACGACGUGCACAAGGCGCCAACACGCGUGGUGAGUAUUGAGAACACGAAUUCGGGUACGGUAAUUCCGCUUGAAGAGCUGCAGAAUCUUCACGCCUGGGCACAAAAAAAUCAUGUCUCGAUUCAUAUGGACGGAGCACGACUUUUCGAUGCCGUGACAGCUAGCAGUUCAUCACUGAGUGACUUCGCACAGUGUGCCGACCUCAUCACGCUUGACUUCAGCAAGAACCUAGGCGCCCCAAUGGGAGCUAUGGUCCUCGGGUCAGCAGCUAACAUUAAAAGAUUGAAACGAACACGAAAGGGAAUGGGCGGUGGGAUGCGACAAGCCGGUGUGCUGGCCUCUGCGGCACGCCAAGCGGUAGUUGAGAAUUUUGGACUCAGUGGCAUUGACUCUGCUGGGGUCCUGGCCAGAAGCCAUGGCAUUGCGCAGUCGCUUGGGAGAUUUUGGACUGAAAGAGGGGGGCGUCUGCUGCGCUCGGUGGAGACAAACAUAAUAUGGGUAGACCUCAAAUCGCUUGGGAUUGAUGAGAGAACUUGGAAUGCAACUGGUAAGAGCCGUGGUAUCUUGUUGGAUGGCAAGAGGAUCAUGGUACAUCACCAGAUUUGUGACGAGGCUGUGCUGAAGCUACAGACCGUCAUGGACGAGUUAUUGCCUAGCGAAGCCAAAAGCAUUGAUUUCGAUCGUGCCGUUAUCACGUAUAGCACGAGGGCAAGGUUAUGA